AACAAAGUACAAAACUUUCUAACUAUAAGAAGGUAAAGCCUUGAAAAUGGCUUCAACAGUUUUGGUAAUCACAACUUUUCUCCUUACGUUCAACCUUGUUUUCUUCACUCUGGCAUCCUCCACUAAUACCGCAAAAGGCUGCCCACCUCCACCAAAACCUUCAACACCUUCAAAACCUCAGACACCUACAAAACCUCCAAAACCUUCAACACCUUCAACCCCUCCCAAAGCUACUUGCCCGAGAGACACUCUCAAAUUGGGUGUGUGUGCUAACCUCCUCAACAAUCUUCUCCCCAUAGUCGUAGGAAAUCGAUCAGAGACACCAUGUUGUUCCCUCAUUGCUGGUCUCACAGAUCUUGACGCUGCAGUAUGUCUUUGCACUGCGAUUAAAGCUGAUGUCUUGGGAAUCAACCUUAACGUUCCUGUCUCAUUGAGCGUGUUGCUUAAUUACUGUGAAAAGAAGGCCCCAUCUGGCUUCCAAUGCACCUAGAUUUUGACAGCUUAAAACUAUAGAUUUUUGUAUUUUGGAAUACAUUUUGUUAUGUUUGAUAUGAUGUAAAGAAUCAUGUAUUAUCUGAUUCGAGAAUAAAUUUGUGUGCUUGAAUUUUGAAA